AUCUUCCACCUUCCAAACUCCUCUCCCACUAUGUCACCGCUCUCUCCGUAAUUCUCCUGCUUUUCCGGUGCUUGCCAUUAUACGCACGGUCUCGCAUUUUCAGUCCCUCUCCUGCUUACCGCAUGUUCUUACAAUUCCGGUGUCGACCAUUUUCUAUAUAAUUACCGCAACCCAUUCAACUCACACUCCCUCCUGAUCCCGCCAUACGUGCAUACCUCUCAUACCAAGCCCACUUCCUCACCCCGCCAAUUACCCCGCCAUUACCUGAAAAAAAAAAAUUCUACUCUUGAAAACAAUACAAAAACUUCAAUUUCUCACCCCCAAGAAAUAAUAACACACAUCCAAGACUACCCAAUCCAUAACGUACCAGACCAUAAAUCAGCAAAUAUGUUGACAUUCAUCGCUGUCCGUUGCUUGAACUGCAACAAUGUGGACCAAUUUCCUCGCAUGGACUUUGACGAAAUCCCUUACUGCUCCCAAUGCGCCGCGAAUUCGAACCUAGUUCCCGCGACUCCCCCUGCAAAGCCAGACCAGACAUGGGCAAGCGAGGAUGAGCUCGCCAGCUUGUUCUCCCGCAAUCUUUCUCUUCUGGACGAUGCUCCAGCUGCUCGCUCACCCACUCCCCCUGGGGCGUCACCAACCGGCAUUAAUUUCUCAAUCUCUCAGCAUUACAUCCAACCAACCACUUUUGGGAAACCCGCUGCAGAUAAACCCCACGAGUCAGCAGCCGGGAAUUCAAAUGCAGACCGGGAACGGACGUACAUUCAGUACCUUUUGAGCUCAAACCUGGGCUCAGAGACCUCCACAAACGAUCUGGAAAUUGCUCUUGCACAUGGAAUUAUCGACAGCAACAUGUACCACCAGGCGCUGGAAACCCACAACCAGCUACUCCGCCAGCGCGAGCAACAGGAGGCAGAGGCUCGCAUGAUCCAGGCCCAGAUCAUGAACGAAAUGCAGCGGGAGCAGUCCCGGCAGGCCACUACAGCUUUGGGCGAGGAUUGCUCGGCGCAUUCCUUGCUCUCUAUCGCUAGCAGACAAAAGACGCAAGACCCUGUGUUCAGAACCUCAGACUUUUUCAAUGACUAUUAUGGCGGUGUGGACUCGGGCUAUCUCGAUGACGACGAAUAUGCGCCUUGCUCGGUAUACGGUGGCCAGGGAAGCUGUCAUUUGAGGCCUUUUGAUCUGUAAGUGGGGGAGAGCCUUUACUUUUGCCUUUCUUUUCUUCUCUUCUCCCCCCCCUGGUUCGUUGCAGGGUAUGAGGUUUAUUCGGUAGGAUGGGCGGGUCAUUUAGGGUAACAAAAGCGAGGGGGAGAACCUGGGAGGAGUUGUGAGGAAGCGGAGCCGUUGAGCUUUUUUUUUUAUUCGUACUCGUGUUUUGCGGGAAAUUGGGCGGUUGUAUUUGAUAUUCUACCCAUUUUUAUUCCUUGCUUUCCUUGCAAGGUGCAUUCGUAUUACAUGAUUACGGGGUUUACAUUGGUGGUAUACCCUUGGGUAGAUGGAAUCGAAAUAGGAGGGAAAAUUCGGGGGGAGGGGGGCGUUCCAGUGCUAGUUAUAAUAGUUAACUUGGUUGGGGGUAUUACUUCAAUAACCUUUAGCUGAGGAUUUGGAGUUUAUAGCGGAUAAUUGCAUACCGUAAGAUUUGGGAUGAGAACCGUAA